AAACAGACGAAUCGAAACCACAACAAACUCCUUUCCGGCCCUGUUUGUUCUUUUCAGCCAUAUUGAUUUCUCGUUAAAAUGGCCGACACAGCCAAGAAGGCAGUGAAAAAAGCACCGGCCCAAGCGGCCUCUGCGCCCAAAAAAGAACCGAAAAAGGCUCCAGCUCUUGUUGAGUCGGAGGUCCGGCACCUGCGCCCUACGCCGAGGGUACGCCUACAUGCAAAGGCCGUCUUUACCGGGUUCCGGCGUGGACAGAGAAAUCAGCGCGAGCACACCGCUCUCCUUAAAAUAGAUGGUUGCCUUCGUCGCCAGGCUGCCCAAUACUAUGUCGGCAAGCGUUGCGUGUACCUUUACCGAGCUAAAAAUUCUAAACGUGUUCCUGGCAAGUCAAGAGAUCAGCAGACGAAGGUUCGUGCCAUCUGGGGUCGGGUAUACCGUACUCACGGUAAUUCUGGAGUCGUUCGCGCGAAGUUCCGUGUUAAUCUGCCCGCGAAGGCCAUGGGGAAUCGCGUUAGGAUCAUGAUGUACCCAUCCAACAUAUAAACAAUAAACGACGAGCGCAAUUUUCUUGUGCAGGCGUCGCCGUUGGCUCGGUA